UGUUUGUGCGCUACAACCUGGGCCCAGGUGUGCCUGUGGAGCUGCACGACUCCUCCAGCGUGGCUGAGCUGAAGGAGGUGGUGGGGAGUCAGCAGGGGGUCUGUCCCGAGGAGCUCCGAGUCCUGUUUGCUGGCAGGGAGCUGCAGAGCUCCUCCUCCCUGCAGGGUUGUGACCUCACAGAGCAGAGCACCAUCCAUGUGGUCCUCCCUCCUCCAGGCUCCGCCUCCUCUCAGCUCCUCCUCCUGCAGGAGCGGCUGUCCCGGAGCAGAGAGGAGGCGCAAGAUAGGCUGACCAGGCUAGACCUAAGCUCCUCCAGGCUCCCCACCACCUCCUCAGGGCUUGCUGUCAUCCUGGAGGGAACUGAAGGAGGAGGAGUAGGAGGAGGAGGAGGAGGAGGAGGAGGCAGCAAUGAGGAAAGAGCUCAGAUAGCAGAGCAGGAGAUUACAAUUCAAAAAGGAGUGAGUUUGUGCAGUACUUUCUUUGUAUACUGUAAGCGCUGCACUUCCAUCCAACCAGGGAAACUUCGUGUUCGCUGUCGAAGCUGCAGACAGGCGACACUGACACUCAGCAGGGGUCCAUCUUGUUGGGACGAUGUCCUCCUGCCAGGACAAAUUCAUGGCAUCUGUCAGGCUGAUGGCUGUCCUGGUAACGAAGCGGAGUUCUACCUGAAGUGUGCGUCUCAUCCCACUACAGAGGAUGACGUCUCUGUGACCCUUGACCUUAUUGUGACCAACAUCAGAAGAGUGCCGUGCAUUGGCUGCACCGACAUCAUGGACGUGGUCCUGGUCUUCCAGUGUCCUCAGCGUCAUGUGAUUUGUCUGAGCUGUUUUCAGCGGUACUGUCAGACUCGCCUGAACGAGCGUCAGUUUGUUCAGCACCCUGUGAUUGGAUACUCUCUGCCGUGUGCAGUGGGCUGUGAAGACUCACUGAUCAAAGAGUUGCAUCAUUUCAGGAUUCUGGGAGAAGAACAGUAUGAGCGCUACAAGCAGUACGGGGCAGAGCAGUGCCUGCUCACCAUGGGAGGGCUGAUGUGUCCGUCACCAGGCUGCGGGGCGGGACUUCUGCCACCUGAGGGCAGCAGGAGGGUAGAGUGUGACCAACGGCUGGGCUGCGGCGCCGUGUUCUGCAGGGACUGCAGGAGAACGUACCACCAGGGGGCGUGUGAGGCCGUGCCAGCUCCGCCCACAGCUGACACCUCGCAGGGUUUCGUGGUGAGAGAGGAGGCGUCUCAGAGAGGGAGGUGGGAUCAGGCAUCUCUGCUGCUCAUCCAGGAGUCCACCAGACCCUGUCCUCAGUGUGCAGUCCCUGUGGAGAGAAACGGUGGCUGCAUGCACAUGCACUGCUCUCUGUGCAGAGCUGAGUGGUGCUGGCUCUGUGGUGUGACCUGGAACACAGACUGUAUGAGGAACCACUGGUUUGGAUAAGAGCUGCUGCUGUGUGCCCAGCACUCUGCCAUUGUCCCAGCAGCUCUCCACCCACCUGAGGACCACCUGUUCACCUAGCAUUUAGCUGCUCCUUAUUCUAGAGACAAAUAAAGACCGUCCCCCCACCAGGGGCAGAGUGGGACAAUAAUCCAGACCAGCACCACCUGAUGAACACAAACCAGUCUGUUAGACACUCUGAGUACAUGCUGUCUACAGUCAGAGCAUCUUAACAGACAUGUUCACCAUCAAGCAUGUCCUGUACCAGUCUGUAAACACACUAACAGUCCUGUACCAGUCUGUAAACACAUAACAGUCCUGUACCAGUCUGUAAACACAUAACAGUCCUGUACCAGUCUGUAAACACAUAACAUAACAGUCAUCCUGUAAACACACUAACAGUCAGUAAAGGUCCAUACAACACACACCUGUAGGUUUAUCCUCUCUAACGGCAUCACAACACUUGGAAUGUGUAUAAAGGACACACUGGAGGCUCCUCCCACAGGAAGAUUUUAAUAAAGUAUUCAUUGAACAAGUUG